UACCUUAGCCCGCACGUGCGUUUGUUUUGUCUUGGCGAGGUUUAUAAAAUAAGAAAAUUUAGCUAAAAACAAGUAUUUAUCAAGAUGAAGUGGACCACGGCGAAUCUGAAGCACCCCAAUUAUACAGCACAGCAUGAAAUUUACGUGGGCACACACACAGGAUCGUUCAAACAGCUGCUGCCGGCAUCGGAGAAGGCCCCACAUGGACAGAGAAACCUCAGUGAUCUGAAAGACUUGGACAAGGAAUCGCGAGUCACUGCUCUGGCUUUCGGCAACGAUGCGCGAACAGAAAUUCUGCUUGGCCGAGCGAAAAAUAUCGCCGAGGUGCAUUCCAUUGGGGAAGAAGGCUUCUCCGCGCGUAAUGUGACUUUCACUGCCGCUCCCAUUGUUGGUUUGGCUCGCUACAACGACAAACUGAUUGCCGGCAUUGGGAACGGAGAGUUGCAAAGCUUGGAGCUGGACCCUGAGGAGGAAACGCCACCAGUUGCCAUCUCCACCGGCACUCAAAUGGAUCAUCUGCGGCAGUGCGCACAGGCCAGGAACAUUGUGGCCACCGGUGGCAAGGAGCGACAGAAUAAUCUGAAAGUCUACGACCUGAGCGCCGACGCCAAACAGAUCUUUACCUCCAAGAACUUGCCCAACGAUUACCUGCAGCUGGAGGUGCCCGUGUGGGACAGUGACAUUGGCUUUGUCGACGGGCCGAGUGUCCUGGCGACCUGCUCGCGUCACGGAUAUGUUCGCCUGUACGACACACGCAAGCAGCGCCGCCCGGUCGCCUGCUUUGCCAGCGAGGAGCACGGCAUGAGCUUCGCGACGCUGGUGGCACGGGGAAACUACAUCUACACGGGCACCACGAUGGGCGCCCUGAAGGCCUUCGACACGCGCAUGAAGAACCCUGUGCACACGUACAAGGGGUUCACUGGUGGCGUCAGUGACCUGCACUUGGAUCCCACUGGACGCUUCCUGAGCUCUGCCAGCUUGGAUCGCUAUGUGCGCGUGCAUGACGCUGACUCCACAGUGCUGCUCUAUCAGUGCUACGUCAAGUCGAAGGCCACCAAGGUACUUCUACGCCCCCUGAAGGAGGAGAAGCCAGAGGUUGAUGAUGAACAGGAGGAGGAGGAGGAUGAGGAAGUGGAUGAGUUAUUGCCACAAAAGCUCAGUGUGAAGACAGCCCCUGUGGACGAUGAGUAUGAGGAUAUGUUUGAGCAGAUGCCAACUGUGGGCGACAGCGAAGAGGAAUCUGAAGAGCAAGAAGAGCCAACUGCCAAGGUGGAAAAAGCCAAGCAAAAGCGCAAGGGUCCAAACCAAUCGCAGAAAACGAAAAAGAAGAAAGUGUAAAUAAUAAUUUGAUGCAUCCACCAACUACUUGUUAAUGUUUAGAUUAAAGUUUUAUAUUAAAACGUAGUAAUAUGAAGCGAA